AGAUCAGAGGCUGUGCGUGGAAAGGUUGGGGAGGGAAGUUUCUCGCUCUUGUGCAUCACGACUGCGCCCAUCAAAUGUCUGAGGAUGAAGACAACCACCGAUCCUCGUCGUACUGAUCCCUCCUGUCAGAUCUGGAUUUCACUGCCGACAAGGCGCGCAACUAUUCCACUAUUGCCAAACCUAGAUCGAGACCAUUGGGUUUUCUAUGGUUCAAUCGGAAGGGAAUGAGGCACGAGUGGAGAGGAAGGCUUAGCCCCAACGGCUGUAGAAAGAAAUUAAGAGGCAGGGGUGAGAGGAUGCCAAAAUGUAGUGAAAGCCAGAUCAAGAAUAGAGUUGGGUACUGGGUUUUAUUGAAGGGAAGAGCUAGGGUAGAAAGGCUUGAACCAAAGAAAGAGAUCGAGGGACAAUGAAGGGAUGAAGAAGUCACAGAUGAAAGGAAGAAGAUCACCAAUGCCGGAGAAAAAGAAGGGAAGAAGAGUUUGCCAGUAAUGGAGGAGAAUAUUAAAGGGAUGGAGAAUGGGAAGAAAGGAAGAAGAAUGGAAUCGAAGAACGAAGGAGAAGUUAGCCCAGUGUUGUCAAACUCGAGUUUUAUAUCGUAAAAUCGUACGAUUUUACGAUGUUAUGUAUGGAUUCCGAGUAAAAUCUACUUUAAAAUCGGAUGAUAAAAACGUAAAAGCGGGAUUUUUUUGUAAAAUCGUUUGAAAUCUCGAUUUUACUUUCACAAAAAUUGAAGAAGAGAUUUCCAGAAAUUUGGCGCAGGGGAGGGAAAGAUUUUGGAUUGCUGCGGUGCCGGCGUGCCGCUGCUCACUGCCACUGCUCACAUCUCAGGUACUGGCGGGAUGGAAAUCUAUUUGAUGACCCAAAUCAUGAGGAGCCAGCCUUACAUAGUAGGAUUUGGUUGCUGCUGCUCACUGCUCAAGCAAAGAAGGAUAAAAUUUGUUGCCAGAAAAAGGAGUAGAUAAGGAUCAAGAAGCGAGCUUGAAUGGAGAAAAAUGGUAGAAAAAGAAAGAAGAUGAUAAGGCGAUUUUUUGGGCAAUGUUAGCUGCUAGGGGUACUCGCCUCCUGCACUCUCCAGCCAACACAUGCCUUUUUAUUGGGCCAUCUAAGCUUACUUGGCCAUCAAAUGAUGACCUCUCUGGAAACCAACAUAACGUGGCCCAAUGAAAAUGGAAGUGUUGGCU